CGCUCCUUACACCCUGCCUUCACUGUAGACUUAUUCCGGCGCCAAAGGCCAUGCAUUUGGAGCCAUUCUCCCUUCAAUCAAAUCCGGCGCGACUGUUCAGUGUGGAGGGCGCCAUCGCCGUUAUUACUGGUGGUGGAACAGGGAUAGGGUUAAUGAUGGCCACUGCAUUGGAACAUAACGGCGCGACGGUGUACAUCGUUGGGCGCCGACUGGCUGUCCUGGAACAGGUUGCGAAGGAGCGAAGCCGCCAUGGAAAAUUGAUUCCAGUACAAUGCGAUGUAACUUCACGAGAGUCUCUCGGAGAGCUCGCCUCGAUGAUCCGGAAACGGCACGGCUACAUAAAUCUUCUGGUCUGUAACGCCGGCAUCGCGGCGGGAUUCAAUAAGCCUCCAGCGAGAGGAGACAAGAGAGACAUUCGGGCGCUACAGGAGUCUCUUUGGAAUGGUCCUUCCCCGCAAGACUUUGCGCGGACAUUCGAGACAAACGUGACGAGCGUAUACUACUGCGUAGUCGCCUUCCUCGAUCUCCUUCACGAGGCAAAUGUGAGAAGCUCAGGAAAAGACCCAGUGACAAGCCAGGUGAUCACUGUUUCGAGCGUGGCGGCGUUAAGACGCGACGAGCGACAGUACAGUUACCCGUACACGCUGAGCAAGGCUGCUUCAUUACAUCUGGGCAAGAUGUUCACGAACGUCUUGUCAGAGUGGAAAAUCAGAAGCAAUGUAAUUUGUCCGGGAAUUUUCCCUUCAGAGAUGACAAGCAGUGUAAUUCCGGAUGAGCACAUCAUGAACGAUGUUCCACUGCAAAGGGCAGGGGAUCAGCAGGAUAUAGCAGGGAUCAUCUUGUUCUUAGCUAGCCGAGCCGGGGCAUAUGUGGAUGGCACCGUACAUAUCACAGAUGGAGGACGACUUUCAACAUUCCCCUCUACAUACUAAAUCUUAUUUUCGUACACAUACUCUACAUCACGAGAUAUUGUUAAUUUAUUUCGAAGCAGAUGCCAGCCUC